AUGGGCUCACCGCUCGUCCCGUUCCUCGCAAAUGUCUUCGUGGGCAAAGUCGAGAUGACAAGUUUACAAGACACUAUUAAUGACCUCAACUUCUACGGUCGGUACAUGGACGAUAUUUUCUGCCUGACGGAUGUUACCACCGACACAGACGCCCUGGUUCAAAUAUUCGACAAUGCACACCCCUCGCUAACGUGCUCUGCAGAGUUUGAGGUAUACAACGAAAUCGCGUUCUUCGAUGUUCUUCUGCACAGACAAGAGGAUGGAUCUAUCUAGCGUAGGGUAUUCCGAAAGAAAACCUGGACGGGAUAAUACAUUAAUUUUCACAGUUUUAUUCCCCUAAAUAUUAAACGCAAUUUGGUCCAGAGAUUGGCAGCUAGAGUGCGACGUAUCUGCUCUCCUGAGACUGUUGAGGCAGAACUCCAGCAGCUGCGGGAUGUACCCCACGAAAACAGAUACCCAGAAGGAUUUAUCCUCCGAAAUAUAGGGGAGCGCACGGCAAAGCCCACCUUAGCAACUGCAGGAAAGAAAGACUUAUUUAUAAGACUGCCUUUUCAGGGGGACGCAGCAAGUGACCUAGUAAGAAGACGUCUGAAGACAGCGAUCACUAGCGCUUUCCCCGCGGCAAAUUUACGUGUGCGUUUCACUAACUCUCCCCUCCUACGCUUGGGAGGUAAAGACCGACUCCCUUUGCAGGCCAUAUCGAUUUGUGUUUACUCAUUCACUGGCUCCUGUGGAGCGGGAUAGAUUGGCCGUACAACGAGGCGCCUGGAAAAGAGAGUACGUGAACACAUACCGGCCUGGAUAGGCAGAGGUGAAAAGAAAUCGAUCUCGAGUUCUGUUCUCGCACAUCUUGUCGAUACGAAUCAGCGAGUCGAUGUCAAAGAAGCCUUUCAGGUUUUCUACCGGACACCAGCAAGCUUCUUCAGAGGACUACGCCAACGGGUGCUAGCUACAGCCGAGACAGUGGCUAUACGGCUAGCCAAUCCAGUGCUAUGUUGUCAGAAGAUGCUGACACAGGCGUUCUGUCUUCCGUGGCUAACGCCGACCCCAGAUGAUGAUUGCACAUCGCUCCAACCUCCUGAUGGUAGUGGUGUGUGUACAACGUAACCGACGUACAAACAUUACUCACAGCCUAUGUCCCCCCCUCCCCCUCGCCCCCUUGACCCAAUGACCACGACACGCCGACCACGCCAUAGCACGCCUCGCCAUGCGAGUGGCGUGGGAACGAUGAGUGUCAAUAACCCCUGAAUCCCUUAUAAACUCUGUAAAUUAGCAUAAUUUUAACUUCUAUGUAACUGUUUUGGCCUGAUGACGAUCUACCGAAAACACGUGUUUGCCAAAUUGACUUUCCAAUCUGCUAUCACUUUAAACUAAUUGACGCGCAAGUCACCUUGCCUGUUGCACGUAGCUGUGUGGCACACUGUAGACGUCGUCGUCUGAAUCGACGGUCAAACUGUCGGGACUCCUUUCCAUAGCCUGGAGUUGUCCGAAAGUCGUAGGUACAUCUAGGGCCGCCAGUGUUGCUUAGAUGUUCGCUAGCGGAGCCAAACGCAUCCGAUGGCAGAGAUAGAGAGAGAGAGGGGGGGGCAGGGAGAGAGAGAGUUGAGACUAGUUAGAACGAGGUCCGCGGUGGUAGGUCCUUGAUAGCAGAGUCUAAGGUAGGUAUCUGGGUCAUCAACAUGCGCCAGACAGAUGGUCCAGACAGACACGCCGUUAGUAGAGUCAACAAGUUGACAAUGAUCGCCUGGUAAAUCCUAUUCGUGUAUCAGUUACUGCCACAACAGUCCACAUCUAUAACCCGUUUUCGCCCUGGGCUGACAUUACAGUUUGGUGCAAACCGCAGACCUGGGGAUGACAACAUAACACUCCCAGGGUGAUAGGUAGGUGAGACGCCGGCACACAGUCUGUGUUUGUUAGAGUGCACCACAAAUGUAGACAGAAGUUACAAAUUGGCACCAUUCCAUCCAACCGCAUCAAGAUGUUUUCGCCUUCCGUUUAUGAGCAUAUAGAGGACAGCCAAAAACAAAAAUAUCUGUUUUGCAGAGACAUUAAGUGGAUGAGGGUAUGGCAUAUAGCCCCACGGAGCGGUUGAUAAAACGUCUACCUUCUUACCUUAUAUGGGUAGGUGUGGUCAUAACGGUUUGCCUAGUAGUAGGUCGCGAAUGGGGUCUGUCAAUACGCUGAUUUUGACCUUCAUCAGUGGUAUUGACGUUUAAAUUACUCGGAUCGGGCUCAAGGUCAGGGCUAGUGUUAGGAUUUGGAUUAUUCUUGGGACUAGGGUUGCUAGGCCUUGGUUAUGGUUUGGAUUAGGGAUUGAAGCUAGGGUUGGGGCUUUUGGUUUACGGUUAAGGUUUUAAGGUUCGGACUGGUAUUCUAGUUAGGGUUCUAAGGCUUGGGUUAGGGUUACGUUCGAGUUUUCUUAAAAGCUUGCGGGUUAAUGGUUCAGGCUAACCAUUGCAGACAUCGGCAGGGCUGGUGCUAGGGUUGUAGUUAACUGCAAUUUUUCCAGUUGGUUUACAUACCAUACCUUGCCAUUAAGUCUUAUGUGAAAAAUCUGACGCCAACUAAAACGCUUGUUCUCAUCAACUUCACUGGGGAUCUUCAGCUGACCCUAAUGUGCAACCUUCUGGUACGACAAACAAAGACCGCGAUCACGGCCUGUGGGGGCUCAAGCGAUGCAUUGAAACCCUACAACAGCAGUCCACAAGUGUUGCACUGUGUUACCGUCUGAGAAUGGACGAAUGCACGCCGAGCUUGCUUAUUGUACCCGUCAGGAUCGAUCACUAGUUGACCGACAGUCGGAUGACCAUGAGAUCGUACUGAACCACCACUGAUUUACGACAAGUGCGCAAUUUCAGGAGCAUAACAUACAGCUCUCUGUGGAUUCUGGCACGAAAAAUGUGCCCCUGUCAACUUUUCCUUCUUCCGAACAUCAUUUGUGACAUAGUUUUAGUGAUGAGUGAUCCUUAAAACCCCCAGUAUGAUUCCUGCUGUAUUUACUGGCCUCUUUUCGAAUUUCAGGUGCCACAGCGAUAUGCAUGUGAGCAUGCACUGUCCUCACUGCCGGUAGAGAUGACAUUUGACUCUGAUUUACUGUUCGUGUGUACAUCUAUCAGGAAAGCUGUCAAGGUUAUUGCUUGCAUCUGGAACACGAGCAAUAUUUCCGAACAGGACCUUUGGUGGCGCCUGUCGCGACGCUGUGCCUUUCGCGAGUGUCUGCACGUGCGCACCGGGACUGUCUGGCCUUCAAGCACUCGGCUUUCCAACUGACCAAUCAGAUUCAAGGCCGAUUCAGACGUGCCCUGGCCUAAGACGCUCUGACGCAUUCCCUGACCGGGACACUUUGGGACGCCGCUCUCCCGGCUGCUAACUCUUUUCAAUCCCUUUUCCAGUUGUUGUGUACACAAUACACAAUCCUCCCAACCGGCGUCCAAUUUAUUUUUCCACUUGGGACCGGGCCUGAAGGUCGUGCUAGCCAGGGUCUCUCUCUCGGCUUAGGCUUCUGCGAUAUACCUUCCAACUCUUCCUCACUGACAGUCUGAUCACAAGCGACGACCUCUAUCGCCUGCCCUAGUUGCGCAGCGUCUACCACAUUCUCUCCUCCCUCACCAACAUUGCGCUAAUGAAAUGACAAGUCCAAAACGACCGGAGGUGGGUGCGGUGGGUACAAUGACUGACGAAGCUAAACAGCCCAUCUACGCGUGCGACACGCGACCUGGUCCCACAACAUGUGCCGGGCUUCCGUGAGGACGGUUCGAAUCCCACAUGGGCGAGAUGCCGUAAUAGCCACAGUAGGAAAGAGCCAUUGCAAUCUGAAUCGAAAUCCUAGGGGGGAGGACUGAAUUAUUCCCUCAGUUGGCAACGCUCCAAAUAGCAAAUCUUAGCGCCUCGUGGUAGGUUGAAGUGUGGCAGAUGUACCGUAGGGGAGAGUGCGCUGAUGUGUCGCGAGGAUCGAGUUGUGGAAGUGCGAUGGGUCGAAAAACGAGGAUUCCCAAAUCACAAGUCAGGGAGAACAUAAUAACAUACUGCCUAUACCAUGCGCCGCUGUGCGGCUGCUGGUUGGGCUCGAGAGAGAGAGCCCAUAAGGCACAACGGAACGCGUGAGUUCCGUAAGAACGAUCGGUGAGCGCCCCCUACCAUUAUAUAUUCCCGAUCGAAACCGACAGGGCAACGGGUUCGUCGCCCAGCGGUUAGAGGCGUGGACUUCUAACUAGCAGGUCGCUAGAUCGAGCCUCGGGUGUUCCACAGUUCGGGGUUAGGUAUGACUGGCUGAUGACGGCUAAUAAGCCAAAAAUGGCCAUUCCAGUCUCCUUUGUCUUUGUCGGUAAUGCCAAUAAUAAUAAUGCAAGUUGCUGCAAAGUGGCUACUAUUGGCCGCCGUUCGAGUGGGUCCAUUAAUGACUCGUCGUGGGUGUUGAAAUACGUUAGGCUUCGCAGUGAUGCCGGCACUGGGCAUUAAAGCAGCACCGAUGCCCUUCCCAUAAGGACAUACUAGGUAUCCCCCUCGCGUUCCAAAAUCGCUGCUAACUCCCGUUAUAUUUAUUGUGGAGGAUAGUGGGGCACGGGAAUAAUAACCUCCCGCAUUAUAUGUGGAUUUGCCAUGAAUUGCAGCGGUUAGGGUUAAGGUUAUGCGGGAUAGCGUUAGGGUUAAGCAUAAUGGUAUUACUGACAAAGACAAGGGAGACUGGAAUGGCCAUUUCCGGCUUAUUAGCCGUCGUCAGCCAGUUAUAUCCAACCUCAAAGUAAGGAACAUCUGGGGCUCGAUCUCGCGACCUGUUCUGUAGAAGUCCAACGCCCCUAAACACUGAGCCACAGGCUCGUUGUCUUGUCGGUUGCGAUCGGGAAUAUACAAUGGUAGAAGGGCGCUCAUCGAUCGUUCUUACGGAACUCACUCGUUCCGUUGUGUCUUACGAGCUCUCUCUCUCUCUCGCAACCCCAACCACCGGCCGCACACCGGCGCAUCAUAUAGGCAGAAUGCUUCAUAUUGACACAACUGUGAAAAACUCGGCGCCUCCGUGGGAUUCGAACCCACGCAGUAAGUGGGAGGCUUUAGUACAGUCAACGCUCUUACCACUUGAUCUACGACGCCCCGCCGAACGACGCGAGUUUAAUCACAUUUGGGCCAAGUUACCCGCCCAACCUAAUACAACUUCUGGAAUCCACCAAAUGUGAUACUGCAAGUUGACUGUCCAAGCAGGAUUUCCUAAGUACUUCACCUAGAAUCCACCAGAUGACUACCAGGCUCAUGUAAUUCAUAUAUAUUUUGGUAGAUUAUGAAUAAUUCAUAUUGACUUAACAGGGAAAAACUCGGCGCCUAGGUGGGAUUCGAACCCUGGCAGUAAGGAGAAGGCUUUACUACAGCCAACGCUCUAACCACUUGAGCAACGAGGCCCCGCCGGACGACGCCAGGUGAAUAACUUAGGAAAUCCUGCUUGGACAGUCAUCUUGCUGUAUCAGAUUUGGUGGAUUCCAGACGUUGCAGUAGGUUGGGCGGGUAACUUGACCCAAAUGUUAUUAAACUCGCGUCGUCCGGCAGGACUUCGUAGCUCGAGUGGUUAGAGCGUUGGUUGUAGUAAAGCCUUCUCCUUACUGCGUGGGUUCGAAUCCCACCGAGGCGCCGAGUUUUUCACAGUUGGGUCAAUAUGAAUUAUGCAAAAUAUGCCAAAAUAUCUAUGAAUAAGCAGAAUGGUAUUAGGGUUAGGACUAGGAGGCUUAGGACUAAGGGUAUUACUAGACCCGAGGAGUAGGUACCUUCUAGAAUUUGGCGCGAGGUCACCUACUGUUCAGAGGUGUUCGUAUUAUCGUGUCCGACAGAGGAAGACGUCCGGUAGUCGUAGGUCCGACAUGUUUUUUUACCACAGUCUACAUUUUUAUCUUCUCUACCUGGGUAAUUUCUGCUCUACAGCUCCUGCAGUCACCAACAAUGAACCCUUUUCGGCGACCUUGGUUUCUUCACAUCUGGGCAACGCGGCGUAUGUCUUCUUCCGACCACACCUGACUAUCUAAUUCAGCAAGUCGAACAGUUUGUUUCAGCCACAAAGCAGGAGGAGGGAAAGAAGAAGAAGAAGAAGAAGAAGAAGAAGAAGGAGGAGGAGGAGGAGGAGGAGGAGGAGGAGGAGGAGGAGGAGGAGGAGGAGAGGCCUGCCUUCUUUCGCCGUCCACAUCCUUUGUAG